AACCUUAGACUUUACAGUACCUCACCUGAUCGAAAACCAGGAACUCAGGAAGGAAUGGCUCGGUGUUACAAAAAGGGGCUGUCGUGUUUGAAUCCAUGACUACCUUUGCGAAACACAAAAGGGCUCCUCCCUCUGUCCUUCAUUUCCCAACUGAAGAAGGCAGCAGCUUCUUCCUGUACUCUGUAGGCUGUAGCACGGCUGCACGGGAAAGGUCCGAGUUGAGGCUUUGGUAAUACCAAGACGUCCUUCGUCCCUUGCCGCCUGCACACCCACAGGGAUGGGAACUCACGUCUCUGGGAACCUAGUUUUCGUGUCAUCGUCGUCUUCCGGUUCGGAGAGAGGAGGGCGAGGCCCUGAGGGCGUCUCCGCAGAUGCUAGCAGCAACGGUUGUCCAGGAACACUGAGGAAGACCCAUCAUAUUCAGAGAGGUCCAUCUCCUUUGGCUGAUGAUGAUGGUGACGACGACGUCCGCUCGACGGUGAUUCCCCCGUUUCCCAUGAGUAGAAUAAGACGCCUCAUCCGCAGCGAAGGAGAGAUUCGUACCACCCAGGACGCUGUCUUCCUCAUCAACAACGCACUUGAGCAAUUUAUCAAGCUACUAGCUGAAGAUUCAUACGUCUCUGCAGUACAGGAGAAAAAGAGUUCUAUAAGUUACAAACAUUUAUCUUUGGUCGUUCGUAGGAAGAAGAAAUACGAGUUCCUAAUAGGUACUCGUUUGACAUCUUUUAUAUUGGUUGGCAGUCAUGUAAUUGAAAAUUAUUAUGAUGGAAAUUUUAGAACCUAUUUUGUCCAGAUUCUGUGCCGGAGAAACUGCGAGCAGAGGUGGCGUUGUCACAGCAGGAACAGUCUAUUACUUGAUUGCUGGAAGCGGUUCAUAUUUGUGAUAAUGUCUGCAGGAACAGAGAAACACAAGUAUAUAUUAUCAAACUUAUAAGCAUCUAGACCGGAUAAUGGAAAAAGCUGCAACUUUUACAGCAUGAUCUCGAAUGGUCCUCAAAUAUCCACUGCGUCUCUUACAAUAGUGGACGAGUUAUUAUUUCAUUGAUCUUCUGCUAUAUAUGGAGCAAAGUCUCUAAUUUUGUCAGUUAGAAAGAAGUCCAUGUUUAUGAGCGAGCCUACCAUUUUGGACUACGCCGGCCCAGAAGCCAGGAUCUUCCAUAUCAGUGCGUGCUAUACAGGCUUUGAUUUCGAUCUUAUCUAAAUGGGGAGGAUAUACUCCUCGGGAAACUUUGCAGUGCGUUGGGUCGUUGGGAAGAUUUUGUUUUCUUGGCAUCUAGUCUGCUUUUCGGCCCGCCUGAACUCCCUCGCUAAAUCUGAAGGAAUCCAGGGGUUAUUUGUAUGAGCCAUUUAUCCGUCUGUGUUCUCUAAGGAAAGAAUUGGGCUUGUCGGUUAUGCAAGCGACUUUUUAGUGAUCUAUCGUCCAGAUGUAUGGCCCAGGUCAAGAACGUUGUAGAUAAAAUUAGCAAUAGACUGAGAUCGAUUAAGUUUGGUCUCGGCCAAGCAAGCCUUGUGACGAACUUAUGUGGGUAGCGUGUAACAUGGAUUCGUUUCUCCUUUUCCAGAUUCAAAAGAAACGGUAAUUUGUUCAA